UAUUACAAGUCGACAAUUUACGGUUGUGUUCUUUAUUCUUUACUGACAUUUGGAGCCAGAAGCAGGAGUUUCCGAGGUUCCGUGAAGGCAGCAGCAGCAUUUACACCUGGCGUUAAUCAGCUGCUGAUGGAGCUAAUUAGGCCACGCGGAGGAGGAGCAGCAGCUUCAGUCUUUUCUCCUUUCAGUGCUGUGCGGACUUCUCUCCAGAUAUUAAACAUGAAGCUGUCAGGAUUGCUGGCGGUGUUUUUACUUUUCUGUACCAGCCGGAGAAGUUAUGGAUCUCAUCCCAAACCCUCCUGUCAUUAUCCCCCAUCACAGUGGUGUCGCACCCUGGAAAUAGCAAUUGAGUGCAAGGUGCAGAAGCAGUGUAUGGAGUUAAAUGCCAUAAAGCCAAACCAGACUGUUCCUCCAGUAUCUGUCACUCUGUACUACGAGAGUCUGUGUCCAGCCUGCAGAGUCUUCAUCGCUCAGCAGCUCUUCCCCACCUGGACGAUGCUGCAGGACAUCAUGACAGUCACCCUGGUCCCCUACGGGAACGCAAAGGAACUUCCAUCAGCAAAUUCUCCAUUCACCUGUCAGCACGGAGAGCCUGAAUGCCAAGGAAACAUGAUUGAGGCCUGUAUCAUCCAUCUGACGGGUCACUCAGCGUUUCAGAUCAUCAACUGCAUGGAAUCAGCUGCAAACGUCCUCGAUGCUGCCCAGCCUUGUCUGCAGCUCUACGCUCCCUCCGUCUCCUGGACCAGAGUCGACUCCUGUGUGAAGGGAGGUCUGGGCUACCAGCUGAUGCACGCUAACGCUGUCAUGACCAGAGCUCUGAAUCCUGCCCACACACAUGUCCCCUGGGUCACUUUCAACGGGGAAUACACAGACGAGAUGGAGGACAAAGCCAUGUCAUCUCUUUUCCAUUUAGUUUGCCAACUUUACAAGGGGGUGAGACCUCCAGCCUGCACUGGAGCCCCAGUCAGACUGGACAGAAGCUUCUGCUGA